AUGGUUGCCAUUGCGGAUGCCCGCUACGAAACAUCCUACGACAAUUCCUUCAUUGAGACUUCUGUCAAGUACAGCGUGGACGAUGGAGCGACGUGGAACACCAAAAUUGCGAUCAAGAACAGCCGCGCAUCGUCCGUUUCCCGUGUGAUGGACGCCACAGUGAUCGUGAAGGGGAACAAGCUGUACGUCCUGGUGGGAAGCGUCAAUAAGACACGAAACUCCUGGACGCAGCACCGUGAUGGGAGCGACUGGGAACCGCUUCUCGUCGUUGGUGAGGUCAAGAAGUCCGCUGUAAACGGCAAGACAACCACAACUAUCAGUUGGGGGAAGCCUCUGUCUCUGAAGCCAUUGUUUCCAGCAGAGUUUGAAGGAAUCCUCACGAAGGAGUUCCUU